UCAGCUGCCUCGCCGUGCGUCCUCCCGGACGCUGGUCCUGCGCUUGCUCGGCCCGACCCUCGGCUCGGCAGCCCCUGGACGGUGGCCCCCUCCUCUGGCCUGUGGAGUGGACCUGCCCCACCGAGCUUGCGAGGAUGAGGGCUCGGGGUGCGGACACCGGGCGAGCCCCCGGUCACUGAGCGGCCAGGCGGGGCGCGGAGGAGAUGGGGGUGCGCGAAUGUCCUGCCCUGCUGCUCCUGCUGUCCUUGCUGCUGCUUCCUCUGGGCCUCCCAGUCUUGGGCGCCCCCGCACGCCUCAUCUGUGACAGCCGAGUCCUAGAGCGGUACAUCCUGGAGGCCCGGGAGGCUGAAAAUGUGACGAUGGGCUGUGCUGAAGCCUGCAACUUCAGUGAGAAUGUCACGGUCCCAGACACCAAGGUUAACUUCUACGCCUGGAAGAGGAUGGAGGUUGAGCAGCAGGCCCUGGAAGUCUGGCAGGGCCUGGCCCUGCUCUCAGAAGCCAUUCUUCGGAGUCAGGCCCUGCUGGCCAACUCCUCCCAGCCAUCUGAGACCCUGCAGCUGCAUGUGGACAAAGCCAUCAGCAGCCUGCGCAGCCUCACCUCCCUGCUUCGGGCGCUGGGAGCCCAGAAGGAAGCCAUCUCCCCUCCAGACACAACAGCCUCCGCUGCUCCACUCCGAACAUUCGACGUUGACACUUUGUGCAAACUUUUCCGAAUCUACUCCAAUUUUCUGCGCGGAAAGCUGAAGCUGUACACAGGGGAGGCCUGCAGGAGAAGGGACAGGUGACCAGAUGCUCCCAGCCUGGGCACACCCACCGCCUUGCUCACCACUCCUGCCCAUGCCACGCCUUCCACACCACCACUCCCGACUCCCAUAAAGGGGCCAUCAGCUCAGCACCAGCCUGACCCAUGGACACUCCAGGGCCAGUGGUGACAUCUUAGGGGCCAGAGGAACUGUCCAGAGUUCAGCUCAGAUCUAAGGAUGUCACAGGGCCAGUCAGAGGCCCUGAAGCAGGGAGAAUUCAGAGAUCAGCUUAAACUCAGGACGGUGCCAUGUUGGAGAGACACCGAACUCAUCUCGGUGCCCUGCAGAACUGUGAUGUCAGGACAAGCUGGAAGGCAAAUUCCUCUUCCCACACCUUACCUAGCAGGGACAGGAUGGACUGGAGGAUUUAGGUGGCAAGCCAUGAAUUCUCUAGGCCUCAGGGGGACCCCAUGACAGCAAGAGCCCCCUGGACAAUCAAUGAAGGUGGUGGGAGCUGUGAAGAUGGGAUGGGGGCUCGCCCCUGGCUCUCAUGGGGUCCAAGUUUUGUAUAUUUUUUAGUCUCACUGGCAAGAACUAAAACCAUAACAUGGCUCUUGGUUUUUAUGUUUUCCGACAAGCUCCCCAUUUUCCUGGCUCUGCCCCCAUCAUGGCAGCAGGCAGCAGGCCACAGGCCUGGGAAACCAGAGGUGGAGGGGGUCGGACCCUACGUGCUGCCUUGCACAGCCUGUCUGACCUCCUGACCCACUGGGCGUGAGGCCACAAGCUCUGCCCACGCUGGUCAAUAAUGUGGCUCCAUUCAAGGCUACUCCUCAGUAGACUUCUACCAACACUAUCCUGCCUCUUCUCUGUGGCCCCUUCGGCUAAUGCCACAUUCCCAGCAUCAGCCUCUGCCACCUCAGUGCACCAAGCCUCUUUAAAUCCAGCUUGCCUCUUUCCUUGCCUGGGGGUGGUCACCAUAAAUGUUCUGCCCUGAGACUGCAGAGGGGCAGUAGACAGCAGAGCAGAAGGAGCCGCCUUCUCAGACAGCCAACUCACGGAGCACUCACUCUGUGCCCAGUGCUUCUCUAGGUUGCUCACUUCUGUGGCCUCGCAUUACUCUUCACACAGCCCUUUGAGAAAGUUACCACUGUUGCUCCCAUUGUGCUUAUUUUCCUGCCACACUACUCCUACCUGCUCCCCAAUCCCCUGGGAUGGGGCACACAGAGCAAACCAGCUCAACCUUCAUUCCCAAUCCUUACUUCUUAUCUGAUCCUUUACUCUGACAACCAACUUUAACUUCAUUCCCAGAAGUGCUUCCAGGGGCAAAGCAGUGCCCAAGAGAGACCUGUGCAGACAGCAAAAAAAUGUCAUAAAACUAGCUGGACUCCAGUCCUGGCCAUUAUCUAUCUACACAGGGGGAUCAGUCUUUCUGCUUACAUCGCAAAACUUAGGGAAGUCAGCCUGUGCCUCUGCAAAUGUGCAAAAGGGAGACAAUGUUUUGCCAUUUGCGGCAGGAAAAAUUAUGGGCAGGUUUGGGGGUUGGAGAGUAUUUGCCAACUAUAUGUGGGGGGAAGGGUCAAGCUGUGGUGGGAGGAGGAAACCAAGGGGUGGACCCUAGAUGAAGCUUUACUCUGGCCCAACCCGACUCCUGGCCUAGACUGCCCUCUUCAGGCCCUUUUAGGAAAUGCUAGGGAAAUCUACAAGCCACAGAACCCUGAA